AUGUCAGCGCCGCCGCCCCUGCAGAUCCGCGAGGCUAACGCACACCUGGCUGCCGUUCACCGGCGCGCGGCGGAACUGGAGGCGCGGCUGGAGGCCGCCGAGUGCACGGUGCGCGCCCAGGCCGAGCGCCUGGCCCGCCACGACCAGCACCUGAGCGCUGCUUUAGACGAGCUGGGACGCGCCAAAGACCGUGAGAUUGCCGCCCUCCGGGAGCAGCUGCUGACAUCGGAGGCUGCUGUCCAGAGCCUGCAGGCUGCCGUGCGCCAGAGGGACAAGCUCAUCGGGCAGUUGCAGCACCGGGCUGAGCUGCUGCAGGAUCUCUGCCGCCGCCGGCCACCCCUGGCUGGGCUGCUGGCUACCCUGGCUGAGGCCGAGCGCCUGGGGCCCCUGCCAGCCAGUGACUCACUCCCUGGUGGGUCCAGCUCACCUCUUGCCAACAGUACUGGGGAGGAAGAAGACAGGGACGAGCUUGAGCCCGCAGUGUUUGGGACCACUGUGUGA